AUGCCUACAGUCGACGAACCAGGACACUCUACUAUAGUUUCUCCAACCGACUUCUUCGAGUCCAUCGGUCAGAAAGCUGGACAUCUCGCCCCCACUACCAAUGGAACAAAUGGAACAAAUGGAGUCGCGGAUACGAAUGGCGACGAUGAGAAGGUUGUCGAGGAAAUCGAGUCGCUGUGCAUGAACUGCCAUGAAAACGGCAUAACACGCAUGCUUCUUACUUCGAUCCCCUAUUUCCGUGAAGUCAUACUCAUGUCUUUCUCUUGCGACAAAUGUGGCUUCUCAAAUUCUGAGAUACAGUCGGCCGGUACCAUCCAGCCCAAAGGAUCGAGCUACUUACUGCGACUAACCGAAAUGGCCGAUUUCGAGAGAACGGUGAUCAAGUCUGACACUUCUAUUGUCAAGUUCAUUGAACUCGAUCUAGAAGUUCCCGCGGGCCGCGGACAGCUCACGAAUGUAGAGGGUCUCCUAAGAACGAUCGUGGAUGACCUUGAGCUUGGACAAGAGGCGCGAAAGGAACAAGCACCGGAAGUGUAUACUAAGAUCGACGAAAUAAUCAAGAAGGGCCGAGAAAUGUUAGCGGGCGAGUCCUUCCCAUUCCGACUUUCCGUUGACGACCCGGCUGGAAAUUCCUGGAUUACUCCUAACAUGCGUGAUGGUGUUGGCAAAUGGGAAAAGCAUGAAUAUGUGCGCACUCCGGAACAAAAUGAAGCACUGGGACUCGCCCCUGCGAAUCCGACAACUAGUGCUGGUCAAUCUACGGAAGAUGAGGAUAUAAUUCCAGACCAGGUGUACGAAUUCCCGGCCACUUGUCCUGGAUGCAUGCACCCUUGCACAACAAACAUGAAGAUGGUGGAUAUCCCGCACUUUAAGUCUGUUGUCUUGAUGUCAACUGUCUGUGUCGACUGUGGAUAUCGAUCCAAUGAUGUUAAGACCGGAGGAGAGAUACCAAAGCUAGGCAAGAAGAUAACAUUAAAAGUCGAGACCGAAGAAGACCUCGCUCGAGACAUCCUCAAGAGCGAGAGCUGUGCGCUUGAAAGCCCCGAACUCAACCUCCAAGUGAACCCCGGAACGCUGGGUGGCCGAUUCACAACCGUCGAAGGUCUCCUGACGCAAGUACGCAACGACCUACACAACCAGAUCUUCGAGACCGGUACUUCGGAAGGAGGCGACUCUCUGAGUGAUAAUGAUAAGUCGCAAUGGGCGCAAUUCUUCAAGGACAUCGACGCCGCUAUCAAGGGCGACAAGAAAUUCACUAUUAUCCUUACCGACCCACUAGCCAGCAGUUACGUCCAGAAAGCUGUCGACCCAGAUCAGGUCGAUCCCCAGAUCACGACAGAGGACUACGAGCGCACAGAGGAGGAAGAGGAGGAUCUUGGACUUCUCGAUAUGAAGACCGAGGGGUACGAAGCGGAUGCUAUUAAUACUAAUGGAGAUGCGCAGACUAAUGGCGCUUGA